AUGGACAGCGCCCCCGCAGGCGCCUCGUGCGUGCUCCGGGGCCGGGCCGGGUCGGGCCGCGCCACCACGGACAGCGGCAGCGCGCGGCGGGUAGGGUAUGGCCCGGCAAACUCAGCUCGGCUGGGAGGGGCCCGGGAGGCUUGCGAAGGGAGGGGGGAGAAGACGCCCGCUCGGCUAAGAUCCGGAGGAGGAGGCGGCGGAGGCGGCACCAAGGGAGAAAUAACUCAAGAGCAGUGCCGAUUUAGAGGCUGCAAGCUGCGCGUCGACCACUGA